ACGUCUCUGAACGACGCUCCGCGUCUUCGUCAGUCAAAACGCGAGCGCCCUACGACAUGGACCGUGCGCAUAACAAGUCAAGAGUCACACAUUGAGUAAUACACUUGGCACACGCCAAAAUCCGCGGAAUACAUCAACACGAAUAGCGGCCUACCGCUCGCGAAAUUAUAUGUGAAAAAGCUUUUCAAAAAUAUCCACAAGUGGUCCAAACAGUGAUCCAAAAUUGGCUCGAGAUUAUCACAAAAUUUUCAUAUCGAUCGUCCAUUGCAAUAAGUGGCCGAAAAGUUUAUGCUAUUAUUGGAUUACAGUGUAAACAAUUUGUUUAACAAUGUUGAAAGAAGUCGUGAUUUUCGCGACUCUUCUUGCAAUAGGGUGUUCCCACGACAGUUUCCGAGUGACUUUCCAGUGGAAGUACAUCAAUGUCACCUGGCCAUCAGUAGAAGCUAAAGAAAAAGCUUUGAAACGUUUUGAGUAUAUUCCCGCGAACAAUGGAAUCACUGGGAUCAAGAUUUGGAAGGGUCAGAUGUAUCUCGCGAUACCAAGAUUCAAAACCGGAGUGCCGGUUACCCUAGCUGUGACCCCGGCGGUACCAGAAACUAUUGAAGUCUACAGCAACUCUGGUCCUAUCAAGUUCAACAUCACCGAACCGAAACUAAGGCCAUUCCCGAACUGGGAAAUGCAGGAAAUUGGAGAUUGCGGUGCCUUUCAGUUUGUGCAGAGUAUGGAAAUCGAUCCACUUGGUAGGAUGUGGGUCCUUGAUACUGGGAGAGUUCAUACCAUGACUUUGAAUCCUGAAGCCAAUUGUCCUCCUCGUUUGGUUAUCCUUGAUCUUGAAAACGAUGGUGCUGUUCUUAGGAGCAUCGUAUUUCCACCAGAGGUUGCAUCUAGGGAGACUGUAUUCCUGAACGACAUCGUCCUUGAUCAUGAAGAUGGUGGAUAUGCCUACAUUACCGAUACGAGUGAACAGGACCCUGGCAUCAUUGUCUAUUCGCUCAGGAAUAACACUUCUUGGAAAGUUAGGCAUCAGUCAAUGAGGGCUCAGGAAGAAGCAACACAUUUCAUGGUCGGAAAGAUCCAUGUAAACAGACCUAUCCACGUGGACGGGAUAGCCCUUUCACCAGCAAGCGUAAGAGAGAGAAUUGUUUACUAUACCCCACUCUCUUCCUUUUAUCUUUACGCGAUUCCAGCUGCAGUUCUGAGGAACAGAACAAUUGAGGUCAAUAAUUUUGUCAGAGAAUUAGGAAGAAAGAGUUCGCAGACUGACGGAAUCGCGAUGUCAUCUAAUGGAAUUUUGUACUAUGGAUUGUUGGCUGAUGAUGCAGUUGCUUAUUGGAACACCAGCCAUCGCGGAAAUUCAGGAUACCAGUCACCUUCCUUUGCUACUGGUCAGAGGAUUUUCUCGAGGGAUCAUUUGCUCAUGCAGUGGCCCGACACCUUUGCAUUUGAUGAGGAAGGUUACCUCUGGUGUGUGACAAACAAACUGCAGAAUCUCAUCGCCAAUAGAUACAACAUCAGUGAUGAUAACUUUAGGGUCAUCAAGUCGAACGCCAGGGCCAGGAACUACCAGUACUAUGAAGAUGGCAGUGCACCGGUUCUUCCGACCAUUACAGCUGGUGCGGAUAAAGUUGGAUUCGCUUUGGGUACAUGUCUGACCGUGUUAUUGGUCCUCCUUAUGAAGUAAAAUUUUAAGUUGGGCGGUGCUUACUUCGAGUGCUACGAACGAACGAUAAAAUGCGUCUUCGGUAGAACGCUUUGAAAGGUGAAAAAA